AUGUCUUUUUCAUUUAUCCCUAUUUUGUUUCGGGUGGUGGAGUCUUUUUUCCGAUUUCUUCUUUCGUCUUCUUCUUCUUUUUUUUUUUUUUUUGUCUUGUAUUUGUUUAUUCUUUUUCUUUUGUCUCGCUUGAAUGUUCUUUUCUUUCUUUUUUUUCUUUUUUUCAUCUUCGUCUCUUUCUUCCAAUCCUCAUUCUUGAUUACUCAUCCCACUUCUUUCUGUGCCUCACCUUCUAAUUUUAUUAUUCCUUUCUUCUUUCUUUUCUUCGUCAGCUCUUUUUGUUAUUCUUCUUGCUUCUUUUUCUCACUUUUUUUUUUUUUUCAUACUUUCCUUCUCUCUUUUUCACUUCUUUUUAUUGACAAUGUUUUCUUAUUCUUUUUCAUCUUCUGGUUAUUUUUUCCCCUUCGUUCCUUACGUCUUUCUCAAUUUGUAACUCUCUUCUCCCCUAACAGAAAUGUUAGCGCGGUUGGCACAGGUCUUGGCAGUGGACACCGCCAUCAUUCGAGACCUAGUGAUUUUCUGGAGGAAGAAGAAGCUUUGCACACUUUCCUUCUAUUUUCCAUUUCUUCUUCCACUCUGUCUGUUUCAUUCUCUUUUCCGCCAUUUUUUCUUUACUGUUAUCAUCUCUUCUUCUUUCUCUUUCUUUUCCUCCUUACGUCUCAUCUUUUUGUCUUCAUUUAUUUUUCACUUUCUGUUUCUAUUCUUCCUCAACCUCCUCCUCCUCCACUUCUGCCAUUUCUCAUUUCUUAUCGUUUCUCUUACUCUUCAUCUCUCCUCCCUUUUCCAUUUACCCCCACUUUUACAAUCUUCUCUAUCUCUCUUUCUUUGUUCUUCUUGUUUGCUUCUAUUCCUCCCUUCCCUAAUGCUUUUAAAACAUUUUAUUUUCAUCCAAUCAAUCCCUCUUUCUUUAAACUGUUUAUUUCUGUCUGUUUGUCAUUUUCCUCAUCUUCUUCCGCGUCUCUCUCUCUCUCUCCCUCUCUCCCUCUCUCUCCCUCUCUCUCUAUAUAUAUAUCUAUCUAUCUAUUUAUCUAUCUGUAG